AUAAAAGCCCUCCUCGGUCCCGACUUUUCCCAGUACUCUAUCUCCAAUCGGCCGUCAUGAAUCAGUGGGUUAUUGCCAUUAUCCUGCAGGCUAUGGGCCUGCUUCUACGCGAUCCUGUAUCGGCGAUGACCAUGGAUCAGUUCACCACAUCGCUGGACACACUUCGCGCCGGCUGUGCCCCAAAGUUUAAAAUCGAACCCGCCACCCUGGAUAGACUUCGAAUGGGCGAUUUCAGCCAGGAGGCUACACAGGAUGUGAUGUGUUACGCCAAGUGCAUUUGUCUGAUGGUGGGCACGGUGAACAAGAAGGGUGAUUUCAAUGCCGCCAAGGCCAUAGCCCAGUUGCCACAUCUGGUGCCGGCCGAACUGCUGGACGUAUCGACGCGGGCCAUCAAUGCUUGCAAGGAUGAGUACAAAAACUACAAGGACUCGUGCGAGAAAGUCUACAAAACCGCCAAGUGCGUGGGGGCGAACGGCGAGGGAAAGCUAAUGUUUCCCUAGGUCACGUCCCGCAAAGCAUCACGAAAAGAAGCCAAAAAGCAAACGGUUACUGGGCCACAGUGCGUAUACUUACUCUGGCGCUUCUCCUUGCCCUGCAAAAUGGAUGACACAAGUGUUUCCAGUUAGUUUAUGCAAAUAUAAGAAGCGAAAUAAAAUAUGCAUAGUCAA